ACGUAAACAAAUGAAUGAAUGAAUAUUUACCACUACUCUUACUCUAUUCUAAAACCCCUUAUUCUCAAUCUCACAUCAAUUUCCGAUCUAACAUCUUUUUCUUCUCUCAAUCAACCAAUUUCACUGCCAUCCAUCGAUCGAUCGAUCUAUCUCAUUUCAGAUUUGGAUCGUGUUUUUCAUUAAGCAUUACUUUGAUUUCGUAUUCUCUUGAAUUGAAGCAGAAUCAGGUUCAUUAGAGGUUAAUUUGAUUAAGUUUUUGAUUAAUCAUGGCUGCUCCUGUGCCUCCAGGGGCACCUAGACCCGGUAGUCAACCACCUCCACCUAACUAUGUACCUAAUUACAGACCUAAUUCUGAUGGAUUAGCUGAUAAUUUCAACAAUUUGAACCUUAAUCGUCCUCCAAUGACCUCUAAUCCUGUUGCUAGACCUCCCCCUUUUGGCCAACAACCGCCUUUUCCGUCAUCCGGUCCGGGGAUCCAUGCUUCCCAGCCACCCUUUUCACGUCCCGGUCCACCUCCAGGUGCAUUGGUGAGGCCGGGUGGGGGUCCUCCUUCUGGAGGACCACCAAAUGCUGGUCCUCCUGGAAGGCCUACUGGACCACCUCCUGGUCAACCUUCACCAUUUGGGUCAAGACCUACUGGACCUCCUGGUUCUUUUGCAGCACCGGUUUCUGGUGUUGGUGUUCCUCCACCUGGUGGUUCUCCACCUCUUCGUCCAUCUGGGCCUCCUCCGCAGAAUUUUGGUGCGCGUCCGAGUCAAAGUCCUUUUAAUGCACCACCGAGUCAAAGUCCUUUUAAUGCGCCACCGAAUCAAAGUCCUUUUAAUGCGCCACCAUCGAGUGCUCCACCUGGCAUGCCACCUACUAACGUGCCACCCAGUAACUUGUUGAGUAAUGGGCCACCGGCAUUUUCUGGUGGGGCUAUGCCAGGUCCUCCACGCUUUCCGGGUGGUGGUGUGCAACAACCGCCACUUGGACCUCCAACAAUGAGAACUCCAGCUCCACCUGCUCAGUCUCCAUUUAACAUGGCACCACCUGCUCAGUCUCCGUUUAACAUGGCACCACCUGCUCAGUCUCCGUUUAACAUGGCACCACCUCAGGGAAUAAUGCAGCCUCCUAGUUCACCUUUUGGAGCACCUUCUUGGCAGACUCAACAACAACAACAGGUAGGUCCACCUCCUACAGUUCCUGGUUCUGCACAGCCUCCCAGGAUGUUUGGAAUGCCACCACCACUGCCAAAUCAAUCUAUGACUACAACAAUAUCACCUGCUGUUGGUCAAACUGGAGCCCCCAUGGCAGGGCCUUCCAAAAUUGAUCCCAAUCAAAUUCCAAGGCCCACUCCAGGGACCUCAGUGAUCUUGCACGAGACUCGUCAAGGCAAUCAAGCAACCAUCCCUCCGCCUGCUACAAGUGAUUACAUUGUUAGAGAUACUGGCAAUUGCAGUCCACGUUACAUGAAGUGCACAGUCAAUCAGAUUCCUUUCACUGCCGAACUUUUGACAACAUCAGGAAUGCAGUUGGCUAUGUUAGUCCAACCUUUGGCACUUCCACACCCAUCUGAGGAGCCAAUUCAAGUUGUUGAUUUUGGAGAGAGUGGUCCUGUCCGUUGCUCACGCUGCAAAGCUUAUGUAAAUCCUUUUAUGAAAUUUAUUGAUCAGGGAAGACGCUUUAUCUGCAAUUUGUGUGGAUUUAGUGACGAAACUCCACGAGACUACCACUGCAAUUUGGGUCCAGAUGGUCGACGUAGAGAUGCUGAUGAGAAGCCUGAGCUAUGUAGAGGAACGGUUGAGUUUGUUGCUACUAAAGAAUUCAUGGUCCGUGAGCCAAUGCCUGCUGUGUACUUCUUUCUAAUUGAUGUAUCAAUGAAUGCUGUUCAAACUGGUGCAACAGCUGCAGCUUGUAGUGCCAUAAGUCAAGUUAUUACAGACCUUCCUGAAGGCCCUAAUACAAAGGUGGGAGUUGCAACGUUUGACUCGACAAUUCAUUUCUACAACUUGAAACGUGCAUUGCAGCAGCCACUGAUGCUCAUUGUUCCUGAUGUCCAAGAUGUUUAUACUCCUUUGCAAACUGAUGUAAUUGUUGGACUAUCCGAGUGCCGUCAACAUUUAGAAUUACUUCUUGAAAGCAUUCCUACUAUGUUCCAAAGUAAUAGAACUUCUGAAUCGGCCUUUGGUGCAGCAAUCAAGGCGGCUUUCCUUGCAAUGAAAGACACUGGGGGGAAGCUGUUGGUUUUCCAGUCAGUCUUGCCAUCUAUUGGCAUCGGUGCCCUUUCUGCACGCGAAGCCGAAGGUAGAACAAACAUCUCUGCAGGGGAAAAGGAAGCACAUAAAUUACUUCAACCUGCAGAUAAAACAUUGAAAGAACUUGCAGUUGAACUUGCUGAGUAUCAGGUUUGUGUUGAUCUAUUUGUGACUACUCAGACUUAUGCUGACAUUGCUUCCAUAUCGACCAUCCCACGAACUACAGGUGGACAGGUUUAUUAUUAUUUCCCAUUCUCAGCUCUUUCUGAUCCUGCAAAGCUUUACAACGAUCUUAGAUGGAAUGUCACUAGGCCACAAGGUUUUGAGGCUGUAAUGCGUGUGAGGUGCAGUCAGGGCAUCCAAGUACAAGAAUAUUAUGGCAACUUUUGUAAAAGCAUCCCAACAGAUGUUGACUUACCUGGGAUUGACUGUGACAAAACUUUUAUGGUAACUUUGAAACAUGACGAUAAGUUGCAGGAUGGAUCAGAAUGUGCUUUUCAGUGCGCUCUUCUAUACACAACUGUGUAUGGGCAAAGAAGAAUACGUGUCAUAACCUUAUCUCUGCCUGUUACGAGUAUGCUUAGUAAUCUGUUCCGUGCUGCUGACUUGGAUACUCAAUUUUGCUGUUUCUUGAAGCAAGCUGCUAAUGAGAUUCCUUCAAAGCCGCUUCCUCUUGUUCGGGAACAAGUGACAACCCUUUGCAUCAAUGCACUAUUUUCAUAUCGUAAAUUUUGUGCUACCGUAUCUUCAUCAUCCGGACAACUUAUUCUUCCAGAGGCCCUAAAGCUUUUGCCUCUGUACACACUUGCGUUGACCAAGAGUACAGGGUUAAGAACAGAGGGAAAGAUCGAUGAACGGUCAUUUUGGAUAAACUAUGUAACUUCUCUCUCUGCUCCAUUGGCAAUACCGCUUGUGUAUCCUAGGAUGGUGGCUAUCCAUGAUCUUGACUCAAAGGAAGAUGAAGAAUCUGUUAUUCCUUCCUUCCUACCUCUUUCUAGUGAACAUAUUAGUGAUGAAGGAAUCUAUCUUCUUGAGAAUGGUCAUGAUUGUUUAAUAUAUGUUGGAGACUCAGUGAGUCCGGAUAUUGUGCGGAAAAUAUUCGGUGUUUCUACAGUUGAUGAAAUUCCUCAUCUGUUUGUAUUGCAACAACAUGACAAUCCACUUUCGAAGAAGUUAAUUGAAGUGGUGAAUGAAAUUCGGCGGCAAAGAUUUUGCUACCUCAGGUUUAAGCUCUGCAGGAAAGGUGAUCCAUCAGGAAUGUCAUUCUUCUCGUAUAUGGUAGAAGACAAGAGCGCAGGUGGCUUCUCCUAUGUAGAGUUUCUUGUCCAUGUUCAUAGGCAAAUCCAGAAUAAAAUGGCAUCGUAAUGAGUAUAUAUGCCAGCUUCAUUUUUGCAAGCUUUUAGACCUAAAUGAUAGAGCAAACCCCAAGUACCCAAUGAUGGGUGAGAAAUUCUGCAUAUUAAUCCACAUUCUUCGUUUGCUUGAGUUUGUCCGAAAAAUGAGACAACUUAAGAUUUUGUUAAUUAUUGUACAUGUAUAAGUUAAUUGUUGUUGGUGAUAGUUGGAUCUUACUAUUUCUUUUACGUUGACUAUUUUAACAUUAUGAGCAAUUGUGUUUUUAUGCGGAAUAUUAUAAUAA